AUGGAGGUAUAUGUAGGAGUGAGAUGCAACCACGAUGGUCGGCGUAAGAAAAUUAGGUGCGAUGGAGUACGACCGACGUGUUACCAGUGCGAGAAAGCCGGUGUACACGACGACUGCAUCUAUGGUGCCGAAUCCCAGUUUCACGGGGCGCAGCUCCUUGAAGACAAAAUAAGUCAACUCAAGGCGCGUAUCGUACAACUGGAAGGCAAUAGGUCGGGUCCUGUACUCCUGCACGACCCGUACGCGCCGUUUCACGAGGCGCAACAAGAGCAGACUGCGCGUAGCAGGGACCGUCAGGAGGUUUCAAUGGAAACGAUCCGAGCCCUUAUGCAAAGCUUCUCAGGAACGGCAACCCAGACCGGUUUCUUCUUGCACGCUCCUCGCUUCUGCCAAAGAGUCUACGCACAGCCAACAUCCAGCUUACCGACGCACGUCCCAGCAUUGUUGAACGCAGUCUAUCUGCUCGGGGCGCACACUUCCACUAAUACGCCCAUGAAAACCCUCCAAGCGAACUUCCUAGCAUCGGCGCUGGAGGAUCUUUCCGCGACUGGGGAACCUGAGCCCGGCCGCCAUCCUGGACGUCUUGCAGACGGAGAUUCUGCUCAAGGCGUCUAUCACAUGGACGCGGCCUCCGCCAUGAUCCUGGCGAGUCGUCUUCACGAGGUGGAAGGCGUGCGCCAGUCACUGCCCAUAGACGCGCGACUUUCGAGGUACCAACUUCCCCCACCAGCGGAUCAAACCGAACAAGAUGAACGCGUCAACGCCUAUUGGGCUGCGCUUGUGCUUGACAAGUGUUGGUCGCCGAUACUUGGACGCAUGCCGAUCCUUACAAACAUAGGGUUGGAGGCGGGGUCCGCAGAUGCAGGACAAUUACUCAACGUAAGCGAGACGCUCAGUUAA